AUGGCAGGGGUGGCCUGCUCAGAACCUGAGGACCCAGCCACGGAGCGAUCAGCCUUCACGGAGCGGGAUGCUGGGAGCGGGCUGGUGACAUGUCUCCGUGAGCGGCCAGCCCUGCUGGACGAAGACUUCUCCAUCCUGCUGGCAGCUUUAGAAAAAUUUGAGCAACUGACUCUUGAUGGACACAACCUUCCUUCUCUCGUCUGUGUGAUAACAGGCAAAGGGCCUCUGAGGGAGUAUUACAGCCACCUCAUCCACCAGAAGCAUUUCCAGCACAUCCAGGUCUGCACCCCCUGGCUGGAGGCCGAGGACUACCCCCUGCUUCUAGGGUCGGCGGACCUGGGUGUCUGUCUGCACCCGUCUUCCAGUGGCCUGGACCUGCCCAUGAAGGUGGUGGACAUGUUCGGGUGCCGUUUGCCUGUGUGUGCCGUGAACUUCAAGUGUUUACAUGAGCUGGUGAAACAUGAAGAAAAUGGCCUGGUCUUUGAGGACUCAGAGGAACUGGCAGCUCAGCUGCAGAUGCUUUUCUCAAACUUUCCUGAUCCUGCGGGCAAGCUAAACCAGUUCCGGAAGAACCUGCGGGAGUCACAGGAGCUCCGAUGGGAUGAGAGCUGGGUGCAGACUGUGCUCCCUUUGGUUAUGGACACAUAACUCCUGGGCCAGAGGCUAAAACCCCAGGACCCCUGCUGUCCUCCCCGCAGCUUCUUCUCAGAGUCUCAGGGCAAAUCCUUUCGAGCAGCGCCUCCCAGUGACCAGAAGCUGAAAUGACGGCAGUGCUGCCGCCUCGUGAACGAAUUGGUUCUGUGACCCGGGAAGCUGUGGUUGGCCCUGAUUUCUUCUCUGGAGUCUGGGAAAUGCUUCCUGUCUUCUUCUGUUCUUCACGCCCCUGCCCCUGCUGGCGUAUUACUGUUCUGUGACUUCCCUGUGACCUGCAGUACUCCUCAUCCUGCGUUUGGUCUCCAGGUGUCACCUUUCUGCCGUCUUCCUAACACUUUCAUUCUUGUCUUCAAAAAAGCACCUGCUGCACCGUAAGCCCAGGGAUGUGGCAGCUGCAGCGGGUUUGGCUUUGUGAGGAACCGAGUGUGUCCACGUUGGGGGAACGUCAUACUUGAUACACACGUUUUUAUUUGCACAAAGAAAAUGCUAUUUUUGGAGCCAGAA